AGCGGCCAACUAGUCCACAGGCCGCGCGAGGUUCCUCCGCCUACAUGCUCAUUCCUUAGGUCCGGCCAGGCUGAAGCGCGGCUGCUCGAGCGGUGGUUCAGAGACGUGGCUCUCUGAGCGGAAGAACUAUGUUGGACUUCGCCAUCUUCGCCGUUACCUUCUUGCUGGCGUUGGUGGGAGCAGUGCUUUACCUCUACCCGGCCUCCAGACAAGCUGCUGGGAUUCCAGGGAUUACUCCAACUGAAGAAAAAGAUGGUAAUCUUCCAGAUAUUGUAAACAGUGGAAGUUUGCAUGAGUUCCUGGUUGAUUUGCAUGAAAGAUACGGAUCUGUGGUUUCUUUCUGGUUUGGCAGGUGCCUUGUUGUUAGUUUGGGCACUGUUGAUGUACUGAAGCAGCAUAUCAACCCCAAUAAAACAUUGGACCCUUUUGAAACUAUGCUCAAGUCAUUAUUAAGGUAUCCGUCUGGUGGUGGGGAUGCAAGUGAAAACCGCCUGAGGAAAAAAUUGCAUGAAAAUGGUGUGACUGAUUCUCUGCAGAGUAAUUUUGCUCUCCUUUUAAAGCUUUCUGAAGAAUUAUUAGAUAAAUGGCUCUCCUGUCCAGAGACCCAGCAUGUUCCCCUCUGCCAGCAUAUGCUUGGUUUUGCUAUGAAGUCUGUUACACAGAUGGUAUUGGGUAGUACAUUUGAAGAUGAUCAGGAAGUCAUUAGCUUCCAGAAGAAUCAUGGCAUGGUUUGGUCUGAGAUCGGAAAAGGCUUUCUAGAUGGAUCACUUGAUAAAUGUACAACUCGGAAAAAACAAUAUGAAGAUGCCCUUAGGCAACUAGAAUCUAUUUUAAAGAAAAUCAUAAAAGAACAAAAAGGAAGGAACUUCAGUCACCAUAUUUUCAUUGACUCCUUAAUACAGGGGAAUCUUAAUGACCAGCAGAUCCUAGAAGACAGUAUGAUAUUUUCUCUGGCUGGUUGCAUACUAACUGCAAAAUUAUGCACCUGGGCAAUCUAUUUUUUAACCACCUCUGAAGAAGUUCAGAAAAAACUAUGUGAAGAGAUAGAUCAAGUUUUUGGGGAAGGUCCUAUUACUGCAGAGAAAAUUGAACAGCUCAGAUAUUGCCAUCGAGUGCUUUAUGAAACUGUUCGGACUGCCAGACUAACCCCAAUUUCUGCCUGGCUUCAAGAUAUUGAAGGAAAGAUUGAUCAAUUUAUUAUUCCUAGAAAGACUCUUGUCCUUUAUGCUCUUGGUGUGGUACUUCAGGAUCCAGAAACAUGGCCAUCACCACACAAGUUUGAUCCAGACCGGUUUGAUGAUGAAUCAGUAAUGAAAACUUUCUCCUUGCUUGGAUUCUCAGGCACGCAGGAAUGCCCAGAGUUGAGGUUUGCAUAUAUGGUGACCACAGUACUUCUCAGUGUAUUGGUGAGGAGAUUGCAUCUACAUUCUGUUGAGGGACAAAUUAUUGAAACAAAGUAUGAAUUGGUAACAUCAUCAAGGGAAGAAGUUUGGAUCACCGUCUCAAAGAGAAACUGAAAUUUUAUAUAUUUACCUUUGUUAAAUGGACUAAGGAAACUGAUGUUUUAGAAGGCCUUUUGUUGAAUCAUUUUAUAAACCAAGUAUAAUUUUGUAAUAUAAACAACUGUUAUUACUUUUUUCUGUAAUUUUGAUUUUGUUUACCAGAUUUUCUUAAACAUCUCUACUUUUUAUACCAAUGUAUUGAUAAUUUUAAUGGAAAGCUUUAGCUUUCUACUUCAAAAUUUUGUCUUUUCACUGUUUAUGGUACUGUUUUUGUAUUAUUUUCCUGAGGUGACUCUAAAAUUAAUAGUCUUGUAAAGAGAAAUUAUUUUACACAUGUUGGGGGGAUUGUGUCUGCUAGAUAUUCAUAAAAUAGAAAUAUAGUCCUAGCUCCUUUUUAUCCUUCCAAUAAAUCACCUAUAGGGAAAGACAAAGGACUUCUCAUACUUUUUAUUUCUUAUAUCAAUAUUUUUAUUUUCUGGCCAUUAAUUAGUGUAUCUUUUAAUCAUUUUCAUUAAGUUUGAAUAUUUUGUGGGGCAGUCUACCUUGUAUUCACUAUUUUUUGCUUCCUCAGUCAUCAAUUCAUGACUUAGCUCAUAGUUUGGAACAUUUGUGAAUCACUUGGAAAAUAUUACAAUUGUUUCUAUGUGACAACUAGAUUAAUGCUUGUCCUUCCGUUUUGCCGGAAACCUUAGCAACAGUAUGUUUCUCCCCUAAUUCUCAUUUGUGGGGAAAAAAUUGCUAAAUUUGUUAGUUCGUUAUCAUCAUUUCAUAUACUAAACAUAGUAACCUGUGAUUAAGAAAUGAGGGAGCAGUAACCAAAAAUCUGAAGGAAAAAAACAGUAAAUAGAAAUGGGUAAAAGAUUUGCAAAAUAUAUUAUAGAAAGAGAUAACAUCCACAUUCCAUAAUGAGCUUACUUAAAUAGACUGGUAAGAAAAACAUCCAGUAGAUAAGUGGUCCAAAGACAUGAAUAAACAGCUUUUGUAGGAGAAAAUAGCUAAUAAAUUUUAAAUAGUGUUCAGUCUCACUAGUAAGCAAAAAAGGUUAUUUCAAGAUUAUAUAAAAUAUCUUUUAAAAUUACAUUUAAUACUGGUUAGUUUUAUAUUUAAUUCUUUAUUGAUAGCAUUGUAAUUUAGUUGGUUUUUUUUUUUGGCCACACUGUUCAUGAAGAAUUAUUGUUAAAUAUAUUUUUCAGGAGACAACAAAUACAUGAAUUGUGCCAAAUGCAGACAGAGGAAAGGAAGUAAAAUGACAGUUGUUUGCCGUUGGGUUUUUUUUAAAACACUGUUGAAUUUCAUUUGUAAUUUUAUUUUCAAGAUUGUACCACAGGUACUGAAUUGAAUUAUUUUAUUUUGUGGCUAUGGUUAAAUAACUAAUAUUUUAGACCUAGUUAUGACUUGUUAACAUAGAAAUUAACUAAUUUGAUGUAUUUUUGAAAAGAAAAUUAUUAAAUUUAUUUAAAUUCCAAAACUUUAAGUGAGAUCUGUUCUUGGUUACUAGCAUCAUGUUGUUUCUACAAAGGCACAUUGUUAAGUUUAUCUCCUUUCCGUCCUCCUUUUCUGUGGUUUUGUGUAUAUAGAGCAUAUUCCUUUGUUAUCCAAGUCCUAUGAGUGGGUUGGAAACUGGAAGUGGAAGGUUAGAGUAGGCAAUUCAUUUGUAAACCAACUGUCAGUAAUAUCAAAUGCAAUGAGAAAAGUCAAAUUUUAAAGCAAGUGAGAGCUGAUGAUCAAUGAUCAGGGCAGAAACAGGGCAGCUGAGCCAGAGUCUGGGCAUUUGCAUAAUUGCCAAUAAAUGAUGCAGUGUAUAAUAACUGAUAAUUACUAAUCAAGAUACGAGUCAAGGAAAAUUGGGUUUAGAGGGAUCAGCUUAAUAAACAUAUUUUAUCCACUGUUAGUACUAUUCACUUGAAGCAUUUAAAACAAAUCAUUUUCUUAGAGUAUUUUUAAAGAAUGGAAAUGAUGUUAAUAAUCAUGUACAAAGUAAGUUAUCCAUUCAUUGUUUUUCUUACUCGACUCUCUGUAUUUAUCUAAUGACAAAGUUUAGUAGCCUCACUGUUAUUUAUAUUAAUACAAUAUAUUAUCUUACAUAUAUAUUAUAGUUGCUGAAUCAAGUACUUUUUAAUUGUUAGUAAAAUAAGUAAUUUAAGUUUUGUACAUUUUUUUAAUUUAUUUUUUUACUGAUUUUUUCUGUGUUCUUUUUGAUAGUUCAGAAGAUUAUUGUUAAAAACAUCAGCACACAACAUUUUUUAUGGAGUGAAAGGGCUCUUUCACCCAUUGUGCUAAUAAAAUUUAAGACAAUUCUGCACUUAUGUUUGGGAAAAAUGAAAAACUCACAUUCUGUAUAUCUGGCACACAAAUGUGCAAUUCCAUUAUUUUAUAUAAAUAGAUUCUAUUAUAUAUAGACUGUUUCAUAAUUCAUUUGUUCUUUUCUUUUAAAGCAGUUUUAAAAACACUAUUCUUUUUUUUUUUAUGAAAGUAAUGUAGGUUUAUUAUAGAAAAUCUGGGAAAUACAGAAUUGCAAAAAUGGCAGACUGUCACCUACCAUCCCAUUCCUUAAAGAAAUUACAAUUAAGAUUCUGGUGUAGAAUCCUCUACUCUCUUUUCUAUGCAUAUAUAAUUUUAUGAACAUUAUGCAUAGUUUUUUCUCUAAUAUAUUAUGAACAUAGUAGUCUUUUCUACAAACUGAACAUUGGCAUUCUUCUCACUCAGAUUGUAAUCACAGAUUUUUUUCCUCCUUGCUUUUUCUCUCCCUUUUUCCCUUCUCAGAUAUUCGUGUUAUUCUUUUCAACUUUAAAAUUGGCCUGCCUUCUCUAUCCAUUCUGUCAAAACUAUUACAGGUUUGUAUAUCUAAGUUGCUAAGACUAUAGAACAAUCUAGGUAUUAUGAUGGGCAUUUAAAAAUGAAAUUAUUCUGCUUUCCUUAGGACAAUCUUCAUUAUGAUUAAGUUCAAAUUGAGAUGUCAUUUGUACUUUCAAAAAGUGAUUUUAAGACUGUUGUUGAAAAUUUUCAGGGUGUGGACUCUGGGAUAAGCAGAUUAAGAUUCUUAAGCCAUCUUUACUUUUUCUCCAAAUCCAUAAAAAGCACUAUUAACCUAUCAAAUGUACGUUUUUUUCACAUGUGAUUACUUUGUCAGACUGACAACUGCUUAAAAAGCACAAUUGUACUGAGUGUGUAAUACUGAGGAUAUGACCAGUAGCAUCAAGGAGUAGUUUAGUCGCUGUGAGAAGAUAGCCGGGAGAGGAUUGUACAUGAUUUUCAAUGGCAAGCUUUAAAAAUGUCAAUAAAUUGAUACUGUUGCCCUUAUUUUUUUUCUUUGUGAAUACUAUGCCUUUUUUGUAAGUUAAUAAGAAUAGUAAGGUAUGAGGGGAGGAGCUGGGGGGAAGACAGGACAACAAAACAGCUGCUGUUGCUACAGAAGUUCAAAGACAGAACAGUCAAAAAGACAGUAUAAUGUGGCUUUGAGCUAUUGUGAGUGAACUGCACAGAUAAAAAGGAGUGAGACUAAAACUUGCAGUAUUAGUUGAGCUGAAAGUAGAACAAGUGACUGGACUAAUCAUUUAUUAUGAACCAAGUACUUUUUUAACCUAUCUUAAUUAUUACUUUGAGCAUAAUAGAGACCCAGAGAUGAACUAAAAUAAUUUUCAAUACUGUAAGUAAAGAUAGGCAAAUACUAGGUAGGUGACACUAAGUAAAAUAGCUGAACUCUAAAUUGUCUUUUUAUUUUCAGGGAGAUUUGUUGGUGUACUUUGCUCUUAUUUAAGGUGGGGGAUCAAGCAGUAGUUUGAAGUAGUAUACCAAUAGAGUCAAAAACAUUUUUUCCAAAAGUCUCAAUAUUAAGAAGGGUAAAAAAAUUCCUUAAAUAGAAACUUAAGGGUAGUAAUAUCCAACUUCAUUCAUUGGUAUCAAAAUGUACUUUCCAAGGAGAGUAAUAUGCCACAGACUUUGAAGAAGAUUUGCAUCUUGAGUUCUUUGAGGAUAUCUUCCACAUCUCUUGUUAACAGCUUUUGAGUUUUUUAGAUGUGGCAGUUAUUGGCUGAGUCCCUGUACACUUCCAGAAAAGCUGUACUGUAUUUAUUUUUUGUUCCAAUAUAACAAAAUUGUGAAAAGCUUGAUGUCGUAUCAGUGAUAUUUAAUGGUAUCCACUUCCCCCUUUUAAAACUACCACAUGAAAUAGUUUUAAACCUAAAAUAAAUGUCAAUAAUAAAAUGACAUUCCAAAAAAUAAUGGGAAGAAGAUUUGAGCUGAUAAUUCAUGAAGAUAUUUGAUUAUCCAGUAGCACAUGACAAAAGUACUUGACUCUACCAGUCAUCAGGGAAAUGCAAAUUAAAAUCACAAUGAGAUUCUGCUGCACACCAACCACAAUGGCUAGAAUAAAAAACACUCAAUAUGAAAUGUUGGUGAGGAUGUGGAGAAAUCAGAACUCUUAUACAUCAUUGGUGGGAGUGUAAAGUGGUUCAACCACUUUGGAAAAAGUUCAAACCAAACAUAAUUUUACCCUAUGAUCCAGCAAUUACACUCCUAGAUAGUUACCCAGAAGAAAUGAAAAUAUUUUUGAUAGACAGACCUGUAUAAGAGUAUUCAUAGCAGCACUGUUCAUAAUAGCUAAAAGUAAAUUAUCUAAAAAAAAGCAAUAUAACAACAAUAUUAAAAGAAAUUUUAAAAGGGGAAAGUACUACCAACCCAACCAUAUCUGUAUAACUUUAAUUUUUUUUCUAUUUCCAGGUGCAGAAAUAUUUUAACAUUGCAAUAAUAACAAAUAUGGUCUACUUUUCACUUAAUGAAUGUUUAAACAUUUUCCUUUGAUACUUCAUCUUUGUAAAGCAAUUUAAUGUUUAAUUCAUGGUAUUUGAAUGGAUAAUUAUAAAAUUUGAGUUGAAAUUCACUUUGUAAUACAUCCAGGCAAUGAAAUAAAAGGCAGACAAUGACAUUUUUUCUUCUUCAUUUAAUCAUUGCUUACAGUUUGGUGGCUAUUUUUUCUAGUGUUAGAAUGGAUUUUGUUUAUAGUGUAUGGUAAAAUGUCAUGAGCAAAUAGUUACAUGUAUUCUUUUUGGCAAUUAAAAAAAGCAUUUAUUUAUAUCUAAAAUAUUUGCAAAUUCUUUUAAUUUUUAAAUGAUGGUAGGGAAUGCAACUUUGUUACUUCACCAUUGUAACUAUACUAUAGUUAACGUUGUAAAGUGCUUGUAACAAAAAAGACAGUCAAUAAAUAUUUUUG